AUGCAGGUUCUGCAGGAGUUUCACCAGCAGCUGUUUGUGCAGAAGAACAUGGCGUUCCAGCAAGCACCAGACUUCAUGUUCCAGCCUGUCGACUCAGAUACGGCUUCUCAGCCAGACGAGCUGACCAUCGAGGAGCAGGAAAUCUUGGAGGUCAUCGAUGAUGGCGACAUGGAGGACUGGGUCAAGGCCAGAAACCGUAGCGGACAGGUGGGCUACGUCCCGGAGAAAUACCUGCAGCUGCCCUCCUCCAACAGCCUGCUGAGCAUGCUGCAGUCGCUGGCCGCGCUGGACGCCCGAUCCCAUCCUCCAGCAACUCCACCGAACCUGAAACCGAACUCCCAACCGGCUCCUUUCAUUCGCAAAGGCUUUGUACGACUACGCGGACAAACGGAAGAUGAGCUGUCGUUCCCAGAAGGCGCCAUCAUCCCCAUCCUGAGCAGAGAGACCCACGAGAACGAUGGCUUCUGGGAGGGCGAGUUUAACGGCGUUGUUGGUGUGUUUGUGGAUUUGUCACCUCUCUUCAAGGUGUGGUUUGUGUUUGAUGCUGAAAGAGAUAAAGACUGCUGA